CCUAUGUGCAGGACACAUACCUAUUGCUGCUUAUCCUCAGUAAAAGAGGAUUUGUUCACAAAUAGUCAUCACUCACUCAAUUCAUCAAAUUUUUCAGGUUUUGGCAGUGAUUGCAGGAAGUGCGCUACAUCUAAGUGAAGCAGCUGAAGAUCCAUUUGAGUGCCCAGACAGUCCUCUGGGUGAUGAGGUGGAUGAGGACUACAUGGACAUAGAGGAACUCAAAUUUUAUAGAGGGACCGCCCUCAACAUGACCAAUUCUCUAAAGUUGGUCAAGCCCUCAUGGUAUAUUAACGCAUCAGUGGCAAGUUUCGGAUUGGCAAGAUUAGCGUUUUUAGGUUGUAUGCGGAAAUUUCGAAUCCGGAAUUAA